AUGUUUUCCAGAGCUUUAUUCAAGAGUGUGAGCCGUACAGCGGUCUCCAAGAGUGUGAUGGCCUCCGCUAUCGCACGUCCUAUUGCUCAGCCAUUGAGACUCACUUCGUUUGGUCAAAUUAGAAAGUAUUCGUCUGAACACGAGGAAGAAACAUUUGAAGAGUUUACCGCUAGAUUCGAGAAGGAAUUCGACGAAGCUUACGAUCUUUUUGAAGUGCAGAGAGUUUUGAACAACUGUUUCUCCUACGAUCUUGUGCCCGCACCUGUUGUGAUUGAGAAGGCCUUGAGAGCUGCAAGAAGAGUCAACGAUUUGCCAACUGCCAUUAGAGUUUUUGAAGCUUUGAAAUACAAGGUCGAAAACGAUGGUCAAUACAAUGCCUAUUUGGAUGAACUGGCCGAUGUCAGGAAAGAAUUGGGUGUCCCAUUAAAAGAGGAACUUUUUGACGCUUCCGCUGAAGCUUCCCAUUGA